ACAAGGAUCAAACAUGUCGCUACAGACUAAUCCUAGCCGAGCUGUUUUCGUCCGAAAUCUUCAGUCUUUGGUCGAAAUAAUCCUUGCCGAUCACGCGUACACUAAACCAUGGUCUGCUCAUCCCGAGGCCAGCAAGGCAAGGCCUAUGAAAACUCUUUUUAUGGAUCAAAACGAAGAAGACAAGAUCGUCGUCGAAGGCGAAAUUGACGUUUGUGAAGUCGAAACUCCAAGCAAUUUGAGUAUCAUUUACGACACCACGAAAGCGAGAACUGUUAUGUCUGAAUGUGAAAAGCAUGUAACUACUGUAACAAGCAAACGGACACCAGAUACAUGGGAAGAGCUGAUUUGUAGGACUGGAUGGGGCUCCAAGCAAAACUCCUUGUUUGACAAAGUGAUCAAGGUCCUGUCAACACUUAGACUUGCAAGGCUAGCAUAUGAACAAACUGCUAAUGAACCAGUAAAAAGAAGAAUAGCAACAGACAAGGCAACCAAAAGAUUCCGUCAAAUCCUCAGUGCUAUUGAAUGGGAUAUCAAACUGACGUCAUGGCUGCAUACAACGUUGGUGGAUGGAUUGAGUAUCCCACUUCUUGCCUGUUAUCUUGAUGUCUUACAAACACUCAGGGCUAAGGCCCCAAUGCUUGUAGACAGGAUUGURUCCAACCAUUCCUCACAGCGUAGAGGACCAGCAGCCAAUGCUGAGGCCUUGAGCUUGCUAUUAAAACGUCCGUGGGAUCCAUCACAUGGUCUAGUGACAGAGCAUAAAACACGUAAGCUUCCUGGCUCCCCCCUACUUCUUAUUGUCCCUAGUGGACCAACCACCAACACAGGGUCAGGGACCUCAUCCAAACGDACCAGAUUUUGGCACAAUCAAUUGUCAGUUCUUGGUAAAGUUGUACCAGUUACAAUGCAUACUAGCAAUGGAGGCAGUGGUGUUACUAUCAGUCAAUGUCUUGAUCAUAUCAUUGGUGCUGUUAGAACAAAGGUUCUUGAGUUGAGAAGUCACUUUCCUAACCGUCCCAUUAUCUUGAUUGGAUGGUCUAUUGGAGCUCUAGUAUCUUGUCAGGAUGUUGAGGAUCCUUUGUUAGAAAUGAAAACYCCUGUACUGUUCGUGAUUGGCUCUCAUUCAAAUCUGAACUCACAAGAAGACAUUGAGGAGAUGAGAGAGCGAAUGAAGACAGAAACUAGUUUGUUAGUGGUUGGAGGAGCUGAUGAACAGUUGCGACUUUUAAAAGCCAAGAAAAAGCAAGAAGGUCURACACAGAGCAUGGUGGACCGUUUGGUUAUGGAUCAAAUCGGCGAGUUCCUCGGCAAUGUAUUGACUUCUUCCAACAACAGCAUGCAACCACGUAAUGACCUCUCAGACGCCGACGAAACCGAUGUAAAAAAGAAGAAACGUAAACGAUCUCUAUCUACAGAAAUAGGUACAUCUGUAGGGAAGUCUAAAGCAUCAUCAAGCCCGCGAAAAUCUCAAAAACUCACCUUAUCAGACAAUGGGAAAAACGUYAUUAAAAUUCCCGUGGGGGGUGCACUGGGGGCUUUAUCYAGAGGCUUGAAUCAGSCAAGUCCAGCAAAGAAACAACGAACAAGCAAAUCAAAGUCUUCMAAAGUGAAUGCACAAACUAGUGCAGGUGGCAUUAAGGCUGAAGGAGGUGAUGCCACACCCAGGACGAUGGUACCCUCUGUCAGUGGGGCUGUAUCAGGYGGUGCCACAGGGAAUACCCAAGCUGCCCCGGGGUUCAUAUCGUUGGCUGCUAAAGGAAGUGCUGGGGUGAUAAAGCCUCCUGUGAGUCAGUCUUAUCUUAGUAUGUCAGCAUCACCGUCUAUCAUAAAACAAGGUGCUGGAUCUGUGCAAUACAUCAUCAAGCCACAAAGCCAGCGGCAUCUACCAGUUCCAACAGGCUCUGUGACCCUUACAAGUACUGCAGUCACCCAAUCAAGUAGCGCUGCAUCGGGUAUGAGGUACACCUCCCUCUCKCCUUCGCCAUCCUCCCCAUUCACCUCGGUCAUGAACCUUAAAGGCGCCGUUCCAACGCAAGGAAUCAUUCCUGCUGGAGCAGGCAGUGGUGGAACGUCUGUGACAAGACCAAGUAUCUCUACUGCAGCAACACGUAGUGUUUUAGGUCAGCACUCGGAUGCCUUGAAGAGRACAAUCUCUGGGAAACCGGUGAUGAGUCAAGUAGUACCGUCGCAGCAUAUUGGYAUGUCAAUACCACAGCUACAGACUUCCUAUAGUACAACAUCAUUACACAGCAGUCAUGUGUGUACAUCGGCUACUGGAACUAUUGUACGCUCGUCUACUGCUAAAGGUACACCAGGAACAUCUAUACAGGCCUCAACCGCUGGMCAAGUAUCGAAAUCACUUCAAAUGAAUACCCAAAGGUCCAUCGGGGCACACUCGCAGGUCCGUUAUAUCGUUGGUCCUUCCACGCCUGGUCACCCAGGAACAGUACUAGGAACUACUCAGGGGGGUGUGGUACGGGCUGUUAGYAAUGUUCAACAACAGGGAAGGACAGCGUCACCUCAAUUGUCAGCAGUAAAGACCUUCACACAGGGURCUGUGAAUACAGCUCAACAAAAGACAAACCCUUCUCUUUCAGGAAGUGCCACGUCUAAGACCCAGUCCACCACAGCCAAGGUCCCAAAUACAAUCACGUACGUGUUGACAACUGCUUCUCCAGUGCGCUCAGCUUCUCCACAAACCAGUGUAUCCAGUAAACCACAGGUCCUGAAACCAGGCAACACAACAUCUGUAACACGUGUACUUACAUCUUCGCCRAAACCUACUCCAGGGAGCACUGGUAAACCAGUAAAUUUCCCCCAGGGGAUCCCCACUGGGUCGGUGAUGCUUAAGGGGGGUACUGUAGUAAGCAUGCAGUCGCUGUUGGCAAGGUUACCACAUGGUACCAAGGUGAUAACGUCGAAUUCUACUGAUGGAAACAGCAAUGUGUAUGUUGUUGGAAACGUUUUAACUCAGGUACAAAACCCAGCAAACAGGCCCAAAACAGAUCCCAUGAAGACUCCCUCGGCUACUACUGUUUCAAGGGACAGUAAGUCAUUGACKCCAACAAGAGUCAUUACUACUUCAGUGUCUCUACCAACCUCAUCAGCACCGUCUACUACCCAGGGUACUGCUGUCACACAAAGGAUUCAGACGGCACAGCAAAAUACUGCACAACAACCUGCAGCAGUAACUCCGCAAACAAAACAACAGACAAAGAAUCAACCACAAACUACUAGUAAAACUAAUGGUCAGUCAAAUUGAAACAUCAACUGAACUCUGUAAACAACGUGAUCGUAAAAGCUGCAAAAUGAUAGAGUCGUUUUCAAAUGAUUUUUAGUUAGCGUAUAGGAAUUAAUAUAGGUGUACAGAGCAUGCGCUUUGCGUGCUGAGGUGUGAUCGUAUUAUAUAUGCACACGAGCAUCCACACGUAUUCAACACGUAUCCGGAGACAGAAUUCCUCKGCAGAGCGUCCACAGAUUGUCCAUACAAAGUGUAUACAGGUUGACAGUGUAGUUAAUAGUCAACUUUAGAUAUUUUGGUUCGAUGACUAUGUACAAAAGAACGCACACGAGGCUCCGGGGAAACAAUGGAUAAUCUUGAUUUAUUCUUUUAUUUCCCCGGAGCCUCGUCUGCAAUUCUUUUGUGCAUGGUCACUGAACCAAAAUAUCUAAAGUCGACUAUUAAGACAUUUGAGAUAUAGCAAAAUAGAGUAUGGACUCAGGGAACCUUACCCUCGACUCGCUUAUCGAUCGACAUGAAAGCGACUCAAUCAAUAACAGCAACAGUGAUUAGAAACAAUAAUUAACGAUGUCUUGAAAGACCCACCAGGGCAGAAUGAAAAUAGGUYAAYAAYAGAAGCAACGAUAGCAAAAACAAUGUUAAAAAUAUUCGCUGCAAAACUCUAGAGUUAAAAAAGAAAUGAAUAGUAAUGACAGAAGGGAGAUGACUAUUCCUUACAAAAAAUAAAAAAAACUAUUGUAAAUACAUAAGGAAAUAACAUUUAAACGCAAUUACUACGACAACGCCUUUACCAURAAAUGAUACACAACAAACGUUAGCUAGAAAAACAUUUUAGUGGGUGUGUAAUAUAGGUGAAACUUGCUGCGAGUYUCGUGUAAAAAGCAGURAAUAAAACAUAUUAAGGUUGAA